UUUCCAGGAAAUCAGAACUGCGACCCGGAGAGGACGAGAUCUUUCAACGUGGCGAAACCCUAUUGGAAGAAACAACAUCAAGUUUACGCUCAUUGGCCAGUUUUCACAAUAACACGUUGCAAAAGUUGAGUCCCAUAGUCAAAGUCGUUGAUGCCUCAUGUUUCGGUUCUUCGUGUAAAACUCCUUAAGCCCACUUUGGAAGCUCUCAAACUGAAAAAAGGAUCCAUUCAAGAAAAUAAAAAAGCAGAGCCAUACCUUAAGAACCUCUCCUCUAAUAUCUCUGGAAAAAUAUUUCUAUAUAUAUAUAUAUUUUAUUUUUUAUUUUGUAAUCGAAGAUCCGAGAAGAAUUUCUAAGCUGUCAUAAAGUUCUGGAGAGAUCCAUUUUCUCUCCUGAUCUCAAAUCCAUGGCGCUUCCAAGAACGAAGCUACUUUUUCUGUUAUGCGCUUUGUGUUACGCGAUCGUCGCCAUUGCAGGGAAGAGUUAUUACGAGGUAUUGCAAGUGCCGAAAGGGGCAUCGGAUGAGCAGAUCAAAAGAGCGUAUAGGAAACUGGCAUUGAAGUAUCAUCCUGAUAAGAACCCCGGUAAUGAAGAGGCCAAUAAGCGAUUUGCUGAGAUUAACAAUGCAUAUGAGGUGUUGUCGGAUAGCGAAAAGAGGGGAAUAUAUGAUAGGUAUGGAGAGGAGGGCCUGAAGCAGCAUGCUGCCAGUGGAGGCAGAGGAGGAAUGGGGGUUAAUAUUCAGGACAUCUUUAGCACGUUUUUUGGUGGAGGCCAGGCAGAAGAGGAAGAGAGAAUUGUGAAGGGUGAUGAUGUAAUUGUUGAACUGGAUGCAACACUGGAAGAUUUGUACAUGGGAGGUACUCUUAAGGUUUGGAGGGAGAAAAACAUCUUAAAGCCUGCUCCUGGUAAACGACGCUGUAACUGCAGAAAUGAGGUCUAUCAUAAGCAAAUUGGUCCGGGGAUGUUCCAACAGAUGACUGAACAGGUUUGUGAGCAGUGCCAAAAUGUCAAAUAUGAACGGGAGGGGUAUAUUGUCACAGUUGAUAUUGAGAAAGGAAUGCAAGAUGGACAAGAAGUGGUUUUUUAUGAAGAUGGCGAGCCUAUAGUAGAUGGAGAACCCGGAGAUUUGAAGUUCCGGAUUCGCACAGCACCCCAUGACCGAUUCAGGAGGGAUGGCAAUGACUUGCACACCAGUGUCACCAUAACACUUGUUCAAGCUCUUGUUGGUUUUGAGAAGACCAUUAAACAUCUUGAUGAGCAUUUAGUGGACAUUGGCUCUAAGGGUAUUACUAAGCCGAAAGAGGUGAGAAAGUUCAAAGGAGAAGGAAUGCCAUUGCAUUUCAGCGACAAGAAAGGAGACCUCUAUGUCACUUAUGAGGUUUUGUUCCCCACAUCGCUGACGGAGGACCAGAAGGCCAAAAUCAAGGCAGUUCUUGGCUAGGAAUAGAGGAUACAAUUUUUUUUGUUGGGUCCUAAGAUGUUCCCAUUGUAGCAUGAUGAGGAUAACGUAGAAACUAGGAAAUCUGGAGGGUUUCUAAUUUUUCUUCUCUCCUUUUUCUUUUACCUUUUUCCUCCGUCAUUAAGAAAUUAGCAUGCAGUGUCUGAAAAAUGUCUUUGCUCUCUAAUACGUUCAAGUGUCCAGCAAUUUGGAGAGGCUUGUUUAGCAUAAUAUUCUUUUUUUGGGUUCAUACGAGACAAUAUUAUCUGUCUCGUUUCUUGUUUGUCCCACAAAAUAGUUAUCAACGAGGAUUUAGCUGGUACUGCAGUUAAUUAUUUUUCUAUCAAAAUCUGCAUCGACAUCUAAACUACAGAUUGAAGUGAAUAUUGUUCCUAUAACCUCAAUUGCAAAUUUUGUUCUUUGAGAUUGUAGAGUCAACUUGGCCAAAAUCAGAGAACAGAGUUAACUUUUGAUAUAAUAAUAUCAUUGUAUUAUAAAAAAGAAAAUUAAAGAAUUCCUUAAAUUGGGCCGGGAUAGUGGCAGUCUCUCUUCGAUUUGUCGGCUGCCCCACUUGGUCGUUUGGUCUGGGUCUCCGCUAUUCGGCCAUCAUCUUUUCAACCUUCUUUCGUUUGCUGGGCGGCUGUCUUCUAAUUAUGCCUUUCUUUUUCCGAGUCAAGAGGAGAGACUCCAAACUUUAGGGGUUACCAAGGGUAUGAUCGAGUUUAUUUUAUGACCAAAACAAUCUUAUACUAUUAAAUCUAAAAUUAUACUAUUGUUUAGGAUCCUUUUGUGGGAUAUAAGUUUUGCCUUUUAUUAUUAUUUAAUAGCCCGACUUAAAAAAAGGC